AUACGUGUCCGUCCGUCACCACCGUGUGCGUUCCCGUGCGUCCCCUCCUGUGUGUUGUCAAUCGCUAGCAGAGCCGCUUACGCGCGCACGGCACACAUUACGCUUUCUAUAUGGGGAUUGUCCGCCGUCGCCGCGUCGUCUCGCUGCUGGUGGGAUCCUCUCCUCUUCUCGUUCGUGCGUACGCGUAAAGGGCGCCCGGCCGGUCGGCGCGCCUUGUCACCGCUUAGGAACACGCGUCGGUAAACAUGCGUCGGGGACGGCAGCUGCUCUGCUUUCUGGCGCUCCUCGGCCUCCUCGCGCCGCCGUCGGCACGCGCCGACGAGCACACCCACGUCUACGAGGAUGGCGACGAGGUCGUAUUAUGGAUGAGCACCGUAGGCCCGUAUCACAAUCGUCAAGAGACAUACUCCUAUUAUUCCUUACCCUUUUGUACAGGCACCAAGAAUGUCAUCAAUCAUUAUCACGAGACCCUGGCGGAGGCGUUGCAGGGCAUCGAGCUGAAGUUCAGUGGCUUAGAUAUCGAAUUCAAAGAGGAUAUCUCCAAGACAGAAUACUGCCAGAUAAGUUUAAAUGAGGAAAGCCAGAAAGCGUUUGCGUACGCAAUAAAAAAUCAGUAUUGGUAUCAAAUGUACAUUGAUGAUUUGCCAAUAUGGGGUGUUGUAGGAGAAAUAGAAAACAAUGACGGAGUUGCGGUAUCAGAUUCCUAUUACAUCUGGGCACACAAAAAGUUCGACAUUGGAUACGAUGGUAAACAAAUAGUGGACGUUAAUCUGACCAGUGACAACAGAGUGAAGCUAGUGCAGGGUGCACGUAUACCUUUUACCUAUGAAGUCAAUUGGAAGAAGAGUAAUAUUAAAUUUGAGGACAGAUUCGACAAGUAUCUGGAUCCCAAUUUCUUUCAGCAUAGAAUACACUGGUUUAGCAUCUUUAAUAGCUUCAUGAUGGUGAUUUUCCUUGUUGGACUUGUUUCAAUGAUUUUGAUGCGCACUUUGAGAAAGGAUUAUGCUAGAUAUAGUAGAGAUGAGGAGAUGGACGAUAUGGAAAGAGAUUUGGGCGAUGAGUACGGUUGGAAGCAAGUACACGGAGAUGUGUUUAGGCCUGCAAGUCAUGCUAUGCUUUUCUCAGCUCUUAUAGGCGCAGGCUAUCAGGUCACAGUGGUGGUGCUGAGUGUAAUUAUCUUCGCUAUCCUUGGUGAGCUUUAUACCGAGCGCGGUUCAAUGCUGUCAACGGCGAUAUUCGUAUACGCCGCCACGUCACCCAUUAACGGUUACGCAGGUGGCGGACUGUACGCUCGAAUGGGCGGACGCGUGUGGAUCAAGCAGAUGAUUCUCAGUGCUUUCAUGCUACCGCUCAUGGUAUGCGGCACCGCUUUCUUCAUCAAUUUCAUCGCCAUGUAUUACCACGCCAGUAGAGCGAUACCCUUCGGAUCCAUGGUUGCGGUGACGUGUAUCUGCAUAUUUGUGAUAUUACCGCUGACGCUAGUAGGUACCAUUCUCGGCCGCAAUCUCGCUGGGACACCGGACGCACCGUGCCGCGUGAACGCAGUGCCUCGACCAAUACCCGAGAAGAAAUGGUUUAUGGAACCGCUGGUGAUCAUAAUGCUCGGCGGUAUCUUACCCUUUGGUUCGAUCUUCAUUGAAAUGUACUUCGUCUUUACCUCGUUCUGGGCGUACAAAAUCUAUUACGUCUACGGUUUUAUGUUAUUAGUGUUCGUUAUUCUCAUGAUAGUAACGGUUUGCGUCACUAUCGUAUGUACAUACUUCUUGCUGAAUGCCGAAGACUAUCGAUGGCAAUGGACGAGCUUUCUUGCAGCGGCUUCAACGGCCAGUUACGUCUACAUUUAUUCCUUUUACUAUUUCUUUUUCAAAACUAAAAUGUAUGGUCUCUUCCAAACGGCGUUUUAUUUCGGCUACAUGGCAUUGUUCAGCCUGGCUCUGGGUAUCAUGUGCGGUACAGUCGGAUAUAUCGGCACCAAUGCAUUCGUGCGAAAGAUAUAUUCAACAGUCAAGAUAGACUAAGAGUACAUCACUAAUUGAAGUAUUUGAAUCACAUGAUGGAUAAUUCCUAAAACUGCGCGCGCGACACUCGCUGCUCUCGACAGAAUGAAGUAUAUAUGCUUUAUUUUGUUCAUGAAAUAUAUACUUUAUUUCGCUACAAAGUGACUGUCCGCCACGUCGCUCGAGAGUGUGAUUCUUGUUUUUUCAGCUUUACUCGUCAUCGACUUAAUGUUCGCUCUAGAAGCGAAGGAACUUGCGUGUGUGUUUGAACGUAUCAUUACUCUUCCAACGGAACUCACGCUGUCGCGUGUUUCCCGCUAGAUAUUCGAACGACAUCUUCAUCUUGUACUCGUUCGUUUAUCUUUUUUUCUUUCCAGUCGUGUGUUUCGCUGUUCGAUGAAAGAUAAAGAUACGCUGUAAACGGAUCUUACUGUACUGGAACACGUGCGCGUGUCGCAAAUGCAGUCACCUGUCAAUAAUAAAGUAAUAAGUGUAAGUGUUAGUCGAAUCCCGUAUGAGUCCGAGCUAUUAUAUACGAACAAAAUACAUUUUGCAAUCGUACAAUUUAGUUUAACAUUGUCAUACAUUUCUUAUUAAUUCAAGUAUGCCGAUAAAAUUAUAGUAAUUGAUAUAUGUAUACAUACCAUAAAAUAUAAUUGUACGGUUACGAUCAUUCUUCAUUACAUAUGUGUCUCGCUUGCAAAUGGCACAGAAAAUUAUUAGAAUUAUUGUACAAAAAUCAAGAAGCGUCGAUUUGCUUUUUAUGUAGAGACUUCAGCUCGGACAAUGAAGCAUAAAGAGAUGAUGUAAAAUAAUUUUUUCUGACUCUUGAAGACUCGAAGUAGAAUGUUGCAAUAACAGAAAAGUGUAAUAAACUUGCGAUAAAAUAGAUAUGAAAAUAUUAAUACACUAUAAUUUAUGAAAUCCUAGUUUUACAAGACUUUCGUUGAUUUACGCAAACUGUGUGUUGGAGUAAUUUGGAUCAUCUGAUUCUUGAUUAUCGAGGUUUGUUGAUUAAACGUUUUAUUAUCAACGGAAAACCGUUUAUCGUUAAGCUAAAUGAAUUCAGAGAGAAAGAAAAGGAAUCGUGAAGUGUAAUGCCAGUGCAAGAUCUUGCUUGCAGUAUAAUGAUCAUAUGGAUCACGAUCUCGUCCGCGUUGUACUUUAUCUGAAUUUCCGUUUGUGGGAUUCACGAAUAAAUUCAUGCUUACAAUUCUCUUUCGCGGGCGGGCAUUUCACCCGAAUCAUAUAAAUUGAUUGCCGCCGAGACGAAAAAUCGAUUCCGAUAAACACAAUUAGAGAUAGGUAAUUCGAAUAAGAGAUAUAACAAUGAGAGUAUUAUAUUUCAGUGAUUUUACCGAGAGACUAAUGUUGGUGGGAGUCUUCGAAAAUAAACAAUUUGUUGUUAGAUGUAGUGAUUCUGAAAAAAUAUAAAAUUUCUACGUAUAAUACAA